AUGCCUUCAACUCGAGACGGCUACCUCUAUGGCUACCUCUGGACUCCGUCCGGAGAGUCUCUCAUCACCAAAACGUACGACGUAGUCGUGGUUGGAAGUGGCUUCGCCGGCCUCAUUGCCGCGCGCAAUCUCAGCCAUGACUCUGGCGUCCGAGUUCUUCUCUUGGAAGGCCGAGAUCGUAUAGGAGGGAGAACAUGGACGGCAAAUGCGCUAGGCCAAGAUUUUGAGAUGGGUGGGACUUGGGUACACUGGAAAGUCUUCUCAACGCACCAACCCCACGUCUUUACAGAAAUCCAUCGAUACAGAUUGCAGUCCAACCUGAAGACGUCUUCGGGGACAGCUGCCGUGGAGAACACGCUCUACACACCCAAAGAUUCGAAGCCUGGGCUGGUCGAUACAUUCGCUACCAACACAGCUGUCCAAAAUGUCGCGGAUGCCUUCUUCUCAAUUGACGGUCUAUCCAGCCGCGAAUUGAUGCCGUAUCCCCAUGACCCAUUCCGCCUACCUGCGGCUUGGAUAAAGUACGAUCAUCUCUCCGCCAAGGAUCGCCUCGAUCAGCUCCUCGACAUCAGCCAGCAUGACAAGGACGUAUUUGACGCCAUGAUCAGCUCCUUCGGCGCGGUCCCCAGCAGCGAGUGCGGUUUCACCGAAGUUCUCCGCUGGUAUGCCCUGGGAGGCCACUCCAUGGCGGGAACCUUUGAGCUUGCUGGGAUGUAUAAGCUCGGUGGCGGCGGGAUGACUUCACUGGCCCGGGCAAUUCUGGAUGACUACCGCGGGCAUGUGUUGUUUGACACCGUGGUUGAAAAGGUAGAGCAGCAAGGAUUGACUGUCGUGGUGUCCACGAAGGACGGACAACGGUUCGAGGCCAAAUACUGUAUCUCAACUCUUCCCUUGAACUGUCUCUCAGACGUAACCUUCAUGCCACCACUUUCACCGCUCAGGAUGGAAGCCAUCCGGGCAGGCCACAUUAACAAGGGAAGCAAAGUUCAUUUCCGGCUUGCGAAGCCUGAGCCGGGAUGGUUCUCCAUGGCGAAUGGAUACGGGACUUCACCGUGGUGCUUUGCAUUUUCAGACCACAACGGCACCACUGACAAAGCAGACCCUGGCAACUUUUGCAUCGGAUUUGGUUACGGCGCGCACCACAUCGAUCCGAAGGCGUCUGCUGAGAUUAUUACGACGUUUCAAAACAACAUCAAACCGGGAGCCGAGGUAACAGCUUACCUGACCCACGACUGGGCUAACGAUAGCCUCGCCAAAGGCACUUGGAGUUGCUGGGGGCCCAACUCAAUGACCAAGUGGCUCAAGGAGCUACAAAGACCGGAAGGAAGGAUUCAUUUCGCAAGUGCUGAUUGGGCUGAGGGAUGGCGAGGGUUUGUUGAUGGGGCAAUCGAGCGAGGGACUGCCAUGGGACGGGAGAUCGAGACGUUGCUUUCGGAAGACAACGUUGCCGCGAAGCUAUAG